AACUCCGGAGUGACUUCCCAUUGGUAAUGUUUAUAAAUAUUUUUUUACUUCAGUAAAAAAAAAAAAAAAAACCAAUUGAAGGAAAGGCGGAAAUAUAAACAACGUCUUACUCAGUCUCAGCGUCUUGUCUAAGGCACCAUGAAGAAAUACAAGAGUGUUUAUUUCAUUGGACUUGCCUUGUAUAUCAUAUUUUAUGUUCAGAUGUCUCCUUCAUCUUCAAACUCUUACAAUGCUUCAUGGACAGCUGCAAAAGAAAAUUGGGGUGACUCUUGCAAAUUCACAUUAGUUGAGAGCAUUCCUGAAAAUUUAACCUACCCUGCUGGUAGCCCAAUGCUUAUGUCCACAUAUGAUGCCCACCUGAGAUUAUUGUCACUGGUUCAAGAGAGUUUAUAUUUCUCAACAUUUUACUGGACAUUGCGAGGCAGUGAUGUUGAAUUUCAUGACAACAGCAGUGUACAGGGUGAAAAUAUUUACAAGUUAAUUUACAAUAUUGUAAAGUCGGGCAAAGUUGAUGUGAAAAUUGCUCAAAACAAUACUAAUAGUGACACAGAUGAACUUGCAUCAAUUGGUGCACAAGUCAGAACUUUGGAUUUUGUCAAAAUAAUGAAUGCUGGAGUCUUGCAUACAAAAAUGUGGAUUGUAGACCAAAAGCAUGUGUAUAUAGGUAGUUCAAACCUGGACUGGCGAUCUUACACACAAACAAAAGAAACUGGAGUUCUUAUAGAAAACUGUCCUUCUCUUGGAUUGGAUGUCAGCAAAAUUUUUGAGGUUUAUUGGUAUCUAGGCAACAAGAACAUUCUACCCUCACAAUGGCCAUCCAACUUGAGUACAGCUGUAAACAGUCAAUCACCAGCAGUCAUUACAUACAAUCAAACUAAGAAUGCAUUAAUUUAUAUAUCAAGUUCCCCACAACCAUUUUGUCCUUUUGGACGAACAGUUGACAUCGAUGCUAUCAUAAAUGUGAUUAACUCGGCAAAGAAAUACAUCUAUAUCUCAGUGAUGGAAUAUGUGCCAAUUAUUUUGUACAAAUCUCCUCAAAUAUAUUGGCCUGUUAUUGAUGAUGCUCUUCGACGAGCUGCCUUUGAUCGUAAUGUGGAAGUGUUUCUAAUGGCAAGCCAUUGGGCCCAUUCUGAGAAGGACAUGUAUUCUUUCCUCAGGUCUCUUAGAGAUUUGCAUGGAACAAAAGACAGAACAGUCAAUAUUGAAGUGAAACUCUUCACAGUAAAGCCAAAUACACCUAUACAGAGUCACAUACCUUAUGCUAGAGUUAAUCACAACAAAUAUAUGAUUACAGACCAGCAUGCUUAUAUAGGUACUUCCAAUUGGGCCGGUGACUACUUUGUGAGUACUGGGGGUGUAGGCUUUGUGCUGGAAGAAGCUGAAGAAGGCGGCACUUUAAAAGGACAACUCUUACAAGUUUUUUUAAGGGACUGGCACUCUGUCUAUGCAGCAAAUGUUUUUUAAAGCAAUAAAAGUAGAGCAAUAAAAGUUAGAGUGUGACUGACUUAUUUCUUACAGACAUGUUCUAUGGGACUGGUUGUUUGAUUCAUGAAAUUGUGGUUUCAACUUUUUUUUUUUACUAUUUCACAGAGGCAGCAUAUAAAUUUUUUUUUUAUACAGUUAGCAAUGUGUUUAUAUAUUGAGCUUGUAUAGUCAUUUAGUGCUAAUUUACUUUUAUUGUUGUUGGUUUUUUUUUUUUACCUUUAUUAUUGGUUUGUUGUUUGUAUUAUAUUUUGUAUAAUUUAUUUAGCAUUAAAUGUACAAUUUUCUUUAAUUCAUAAAAAAAAGAGCAAAGUAAGUCAUAUAAUUUUUUUUUUGUUAAUAUGACCUUUUUAAAUUGGACUUUUGCGUUCCCUUAAUUUACUUUAUGAAUUAAUCAUCCGUCCUAGUGGCACUACAGCCCAUGGAGGGCUCUAGCCUGCUUCAACACAUCCCUCCAUUCAGAUCUCUCUUGGGCCUUUCAUCUCCACGUCCUAACCCCAAGCUGUUGCAGAUCUGCCUCCACAUCAUCAAUCCAUCGCAAUCGGGGUCUGCCUUUGGAUCGCCUGCCUUUUGGCUUUUGCCUGUAUGCAAUUUUCGCUCCUCUGUUCUCUGACAUUCUUUCAAGGUGACCUGCCCAAUGUAGUCUGUUGUUUUUUAUUUCUGUUACUAUCGGUGGGUCUUCUUACAAUUGAUAUAUCUCAUGGUUGCUUAGUGUGUGUCUUUUACCAUAUUUUAUCUUAUAUAGCACCAGAAAUUUUCCUAAGAAUUGUUCGUUCCCAAGUAUUUAGUAGAUUUUCAGUUGUCUUUGUCAGUGUCCAGGUCUCACUUGCAUAUAUUGCUGAUGGUCUUAAGCUUUUGUAUAUCAUUUUCUUGGUUUUCCUUGAUAUUGUUUUGCUCUUAAGUAAAUGAUGGGUACUAUAAAAUGCUCUGUUGUUUCCUGCUGUUAUUUCCUUUAUGAAUUAUUCAUCAGAAGCAAAUUUGAGUGACUCGACAUGUCUCAACAUUAACUCACAUUUUUGUAUAAGCUUUAUAAAUAUCAAAAAGCGUCAUUGUUUUCUAAACUUUGAUUUACUAUAUAUUUCAUAAAAGAGGUUGUUCCGAAUCUCUGACCUACUUUAUAAAAAGUCACAUGACUGUGGUCUUAUACAUGGCAAUAAUGGCAAUAUCUUCCUUUGAUAAGAUGUAGAUGUAGAUUUAGUCCUAGCCUAGAUCUAGUAGACCUACUAAAUAAUCAUAAAAAUUAGUGAAUUAUUGUAACAUACUUUUUAUUACUUAAAGAUAUCUAGAUAUAGACUAUUUUCAUGUUUAAAUUACAAUUAAAUCAAUGAGGUCGUUAAUGUAAACAACACACCCACGUGACUGAGAAGAGAUCAGGAACUACCCCCAUUGUCUGCAUGGGCAUGCUUCAGGUGUUAUAAGUUCUUGGUAUGUUUUUUAUCCCACUUUUGGACUAACAAGACAUAGUAAUGAAAUUAAUCCAUUGAUAAAAGUUUUAACUACAACUGAACCUAUUAUCUUAUUUUUAAGCACCAUUGCAAAAGACUUAACUAACUCCAUUGAUAAAUUAACCCAAUUGCUAGAAUAUGAAAGAUGUUUUGAAAUGAUUUUUUUAAAGUUAUUAUUUUGAAUGAAAAUUAUAUUUGUUCUAAAGUUGAUAUGUCAACACUGUAAACAUUAUUUGUUAACUUCUGGAAAAGAAAAUAAAUUUAACAUAAUUGUAA